AUGGAGCUGAUCACGGCUGAGUCCCCGGCCCGGCUGGUCCGGCUCUACCGGGAGUAUCACAACCACGAUCUCAUCUCCCUGCAUUACAACUACACGGGGAAGCUGCAGGCCAGCAGCAAGUACAAGGGCGGCCUGAAGGCCGACGCGGUGGCGUUCCUGGCCGUCUGCGCCCUCAUCGUGCUGGAGAACCUGGUGGUGCUGCUGGCCAUCUGGAGGAACAAGAAGUUCCACUCGCCCAUGUUCUACCUGCUGGGCAACCUGACCCUGUCGGACCUGCUGGCCGGGCUGGCCUACACGGCCAACAUCGCCAUGUCGGGCGCCAACACCCUCCAGCUCACCCCGCUGCUGUGGUUCCUCCGGGAGGCGGGCGUCUUCAUCACACUGACCGCCUCCGUCUUCAGCCUGCUGGCCAUCGCCAUCGAGCGGCACAUCACCAUGAGCCGCAUGAAGCUCUACCACGGCGACAAGAAGGGCCGCAUGUUCCUGCUGGUGGGGGCCACCUGGGCGGCUUCGGUGCUGCUGGGGGUGCUGCCCAUCAUGGGCUGGAACUGCCUGGACAGGCUGGCCGACUGCUCCACCGUCCUGCCGCUCUUCUCCAAGAGCUACAUCCUCUUCUGCAUCACCGUCUUCCUGGUCAUCCUGGUGUCCAUCACGGUGCUCUACGCCCGCGUCUUCCGCAUGGUCAAGGGCAGCAGCCCGCGGCCGGGCAGCCUGCGCAAAGGGAUGCUGAAGCGCUCGCAGAAGUACAUGGCCCUGCUCAAGACAGUCACCAUCGUGGUGGGGACUUUUGUGGCCUGCUGGCUACCCCUCUUCCUGCUGCUGCUGCUGGACGUGUGGUGCGAGGCUCAGGCCUGCCCCGUGCUCUACAAGGCCGACUACUUCCUCGGCUUGGCCAUGAUCAACUCCCUGCUCAACCCCAUCAUCUACACGCUGACCAGCAAGGACAUGCGCCGGGCCAUCCUCAAGCUGCUGUGCUGCCUGCUGGUGGGGCCGGCUGAGGACGGCCCGGCCCAGCGCUUCGGGAUCCCCAUCCUGGAGUGCAGCACCAGCAAGUCAGAGCGCUCGUCCCACCGGCCCGAGGGGAUCGAUACCAGCCUGUCCACGGGCAACGGCACGCCCACCCCCAUCAAGGCGCUGGUGCCCAGUGCCGAGUCCUGA